AUGGGCUCCCAGCCUGCUGCCUGCCUGCCUGCGUGGAAUCGGCCUGCUACUGCCUGCCUCGUGGGCUCGGCCUGCCUGCACUCGUGGGCUCGGCCUGCCUGCCUGCCUCGUGGGCUCGGCCUGCCUGCCUGCCUGCGUGGGCUCCCGGCUGCCUGCCUGCUCGUGGGCUCCCAGCCUGCCUGCCUGCCUGCCUCUGCCUGCCUGCCUCGCGCCUGCUGCCUGCCUAGCCUCUGCCUGCGCCUCUGCCUGCCUGCCUGCCUGUCCGCCUGCAAACCGGCCUGCUGCCUCUGCCUGCCUGCGUGGCCUCGCCUGCCCUGCCUGCCUCCGCCCAGCCUCUGCCUGCCUGCCCCUGCCGCCUGCGCCUGCCUGCGCCUGCCUGCCUGCCUGCCUGCCUGCCUGGGCUCCAGCCUCGCCUGCCUUCUGCAAACCGACGCUGCCUUCGUCAAGCUCGGCUCCUCCCGUGGGCUGCCUGCCUGCGCCUCCUGCCUGCCCUGCCUGCCCCUGCUCCGCCUGCCUGCCUGCCUGCCUGCCUGCCUGCCUGCCUGCCUGCCUGCCUGCCUGCCUGGGGCUCGACCUGCCUGCCUGCCUGCCUCAGCCUGCCUGCCUGCCUGCGUGCGUCAGCCUGCCCUGCCUCGCCCACUGUGCUCCCUGCCUGCCUCGUCGGCUCCCGGCCUGCCCUGCCUGCCUCGUGGGCUCAGCCUGCCUGCCUGCGCCUGCCUCCGCCCCGGCCAGCCUGCCUGCCUGCCUGCCCGCCUGCCUGCCCGGCCAGCCGCCUGCCUGCCUGCCUGCCUGCCUGCGUGGGCUCGGCCUGCCUCGCUCACCAUUAACUGCCUCGCCGUCGCCUGCCUGCCUGCCUGCCUGGGCUCAGCCUGCCUGCCUGCCUGCCCGGCUCGCCUCGCUCGCUCGGCUCGGCCAGCCAUACCAGACGCUCGCCGGCGACGCCUGCCUGCCUCGUGGGCUCCCGACCAGGCCCGCCCGCUCGCCCGCCCGCGCAGCACGCUGCCUGCUCCGCCUCCCGCCCGCCUGCCUGCCUGCCUGCCUGCCCACACAGGGCCGCCUGCCUGCCUGCGCACUGCCUCCCUUG